GCGUCUUCUGCGACGGAGAUUUGCCUCACAGUACUGCGCGUGGCGGCGUUGCAGAGUUACUCAUUCAUGGCCACCAGUCUUGUGCCCACACUGCGUGGGCGCGCAAAAAAUCCGGACCAAAUGGGAUCGGCACAUCUUCUUGCGGUCUUGUUAGCGGUGGGCGUUUUUUCGGGUAUCAUUUUAUACGGGUACCACGUCUUUGGCAACGCGACGCCUGAUCUUCUCACCGACGGUUUUCGCAGUAAUCGGGACGACGCGCAAGAGGAUCCGUGGUUUUUGCGUGUGUACGGUUAUUCAGAAAGUAGCGCAGUCCGGAGGGCAGCGACGCUGCCGCAGCAUUGUAUGGGACGGCGGAAAGAGAUCACGAGCGCGCACGAUCUCUUCACCCACAAUUGGCCUCAGAGCAAGGAAGGAAAGACAUCAUCUUCCGCACCGACUCCGGAAGCGGAGUCAUCAGACCGCGGCCGUCCAAUCGAGUGGUAGCGUCUUUUUACAUUAUAACCAGCAAAUGCUGUUGACAUUAUGAUAGAGCCUGCAGGUCCAAUAGCAAGACAGAAGCCUUCCUAUUAGGCUUGCCUAAUCGCUUCGGAUCUAUGGAGGAAAUUCUUAGUUGACGAUGGGCGAUCCGGGUCUUGCGACCAACGCUCUGACUAGCAAGCACCUCGUCUGUGAGUUUGGGUUCCAGCUUUCGAGUACUUUGUUGGAAAUUGCACACUGUUAGAUAUAUCUAGUCGCGAAGCAAAAGCAAUAUAAUUAUAUUAACGCUUAAUUCCUCCUCGUCAUCAUCGUCUUCUACUGAAUCUUCUGAGCUAGAUCUUUUCUGCACGACCUGGAUAGUAUUAGUUGGUAAGGGAAACCUUAGGCAGACUGCCGAGUAGAUUCACAUCGUCAGUAUUAGUUGGUAGACGCAGAAUCUCCUUUCUUCAUUAAUCAGGUACUCUCCGUGGACCAUGGGCGAUCCAACUUGGGGGUGCUCGUUCGUACUAAAUCUGUUAGUGGCUCUCUGCCUGUUCACGACGGACAUGCUAUACACGGCGAGCUUCUUUUCUUCAUCAGGUGUAACUUCUUCAACGGACGAAUCAAGCCAUACUUCUGUGAAGGAAGAGACAGAGGGAGAACACGGAGAGCAGGAUGCACAGGCAAAGGACGCUCGAAUAAAAAGGAGCACCUCGCCGGCGCAGUGGUGGCCGCGCGUCUUCAGACUCUACCUGUGGCCAGUGGUUGUAGCCUUGGGGCGCCUCCUGUGUGCGCUGCUCGUGCCCCACAUCGUGGAGGUGGUCGGACUAGUAUCCAGUAUGAGCCUGGUCGUCACAGAGAUCCUGCUGCCCCUCAUAGGCUACUACAAGGUAGUCGGAGGCGGGCGCCCUGCCUUCGUCCGCCGCAUCUUCCAUGCCUUCAUCCUUAUUUUCGGCUUCCUUAUGUUCGUGUUGGCGACCUACGCUGGUGUGGUGCGGCUCGCCCAGAAGAUCAUGGCUGAUCAUGGCAGCACCAGUGCAAGUCAAGAAAACAAGGGGAGGCCACAGCCAGUAUGCAACGGAGAAGAGGGCCUUCUACAUUUGGAAAGCUGAGGGAGGACGAGCGCCUUUCUGGAAGCAUCAGCAGACAACUUUUAUACGCGCCAGAAGCUUCACGACCAGAGAACGCCCGCUAGGCUAGUGCCAGGCUUGAACGUUUUGCAGCGGUGCCUUAAAUUUUUACACAUGAUAUGUAGAUGAACGAGGAAACGACGAUGGAGCCCAUUUUAGGUAUGAAAAUGACCAGGCUCUCAAAAGAUGACGAACAAACUAACACGAAACUGCACCGAAAUAUAGCACGCUUGCAGAAUUGUGCGCUUCUUGCUGAUGAUGCUCUCUCCAAAUUACACGCAGAUGCAUCUGCUCCACCUUAUCCUCUUUUCUCUACUCACAUAAUUACCAGGAUGUCGUGCGCACUUGUGAGGGAACGGAAUUGUGGAGAAUACCUGCGUCCGCGCCCUCUGUAUAUGAUUAUUGUUUUUCUUGAGACACGCGCCCGCAGUGUGCAU